AGUCGCUGCUUCUUCCGCUCUGGACGCUGAAGUGGAGAGUCGUGUGUGAGAUUAGUAGAGAGUUUAAACUCGGUCUUAUUAUUAUGGAUCUGCUGUUGUAGACAAAAACCUGAUAUGAACUGAUUUAAAAUGUGGACAUAUUUGACCACCAGCAGCGAUAUGACUGUAUGAAGAACAGCGAAGGAUUGUAUUAGUGUGAAUCUGUAGGAGGAGAUAAAGAGAUAAAAAUGGCGGCUGCGAGAAACAAUGAGUUUAAACUCUUUGGUCCUCGAGAAAGAGAGCGUCAGUUUGGCUCUGUGGUCACUCUCUCCUGUCACCUGUCACCUGAAAUCAGUGCUGUUGCCAUGGAGAUCAGGUGGUUUAAAGGGACGAACUGUGUUUGUGUCUAUAAGAACCGGCAGGUGACAGAGGGGAGGGGCUACAAGGGCAGAGUGAGUCUGUUCAUUCAGGAGCUGCAGAGAGGAACCAUCUCCUUACAGAUCAGAGACUGUAGAUUGACAGAUAGUGGAGAUUAUCUGUGUCAGAUCAUCAAUGGAGACACAACAGAGGAGUGUACUGUAAAUGUGUGGGGCACACGGUUGGUAAGUAAAUAACUGUGUUUUCUUCUUUCUCUGCUGGUAGUGACUGAUUUUAUACUCUUAUCACAUGAACUACAUUCAAUACAGACAUCAAGCAGCUACAUAAUAUUGAGUUUCAGGUAAAUUUCACAUGAUGAACAAAGUCUCUGAUCUCAGAAUGAAAGCUUUUGACUUCAUCUCCCUCCUUCCUUCCCACAAUGCUCCUGUGCAUAAUCCCAUUGCACUGCAGAAAUGUAGAGACAGUGAAGUUCACUGAUGAGAA